AUGUAUAUUGUGGGUCGAGGGUCAAAAUCAGCCUAUGAUUCUGGGCCUCAGCUUCUUAGGGAUGUCUGGGCUCUUACGGCCGUUGCCAUUGUGGCUAUUUUCUUGAGAUUCAUUGCUAAAUUGAGAGUUGGGAAAUUCGGACCGGAUGAUUUAAUUAUGGGCUUUGCACUGUGCUUAUCCACGGUCGGAUCUAUCAUGAUUACCCUCGGCAUCCAGCAUGGGUUUGGCCAAGAGGUAGGGAAUAUUAGUGCCGCCAAUGUCCCCAAGGUUAUCAUGUUCGAUUACCUUGCGCAGACCUUUGCGCUGGCAGGCGGGGCGUUGGGGCGGAUUUCAUUCAUUGUUUUUGUCAUUGGACUGCUUGUCUCAAAACAAUGGCACCGAAUUGUCUUUUGGAUACUGGUCGCAUUGCAGCUCAUUGUAAACUCGAUGUUCAUCAUAAUUUUGUUUGUGCAAUGCCCGGGGCACGCGUCAGCUAUCUGGGAGCACUCCGAGAAAUCAAAAUGUUGGAAUACAAAGGUGCAAGCGUAUUAUGGAUAUUUUCAAGGAGCAUUCAAUUCAGCAACAGAUCUGUAUCUUGCUGUCUUCUCAACCUGCAUAUUCUGGAGCUUGAAUCUCAAGUUAAGGGUGAAACUGGGAUUGGUCACUUUGCUUGGCCUGGGUAUUUUUGCAAUGGUUGCCGCCAUCAUACGAACCGUCCAGACACGCGUACUAGCAUCCUACGAUAUCGACCCAACCAUUGCGACGAUAGAUUACGAUCGAUGGCUGUAUAUUGAGACUUACCUGGUGAUCAUCACGGCCUCCAUUCCAUUUCUUCGAUCUCUAGUACGCUCGAUGAAAAGUCAAUCAACGAGCCGCAAUACGCAUGAGCUAAGCUCUCCUUACGUGGUUAGCUCCAAUACACACACCAUCCGGACCAGAAAGCGUGACUCUUCGGAUGGGAAACGGAUAAUUGAUGUAUCUGAAGGCAAUGCGAGUAACGACGCCUUUCACAGUGACGGCCAUGAUGAUAUACACGAAUCAAGAUAUUCGAGGGAAUCUGCUUUGAAUUGUGUUUAA